CAGUCAGCUGUCGUCUUGCUGGCUGUGUAGUGCGAAUCCAAGAUCUUCGUAUGGUUGUCGAAACUCUCCUAGCUCUCAGCCUUCGUCUUUCUCUUUCUCAGUUGUAGUUAGUUUUAGUGCUGGCGCCGGAAUAGAAUAUUAACCUUCUUUACCGCGGCCACGAAAUCAGACAUGUCUGCCGCUAUGCAGCCCGAAGAUAGAGAAGAGGAGAAAGCCUGCGUCCUGUACGUCGGCAACUUAGACCGAAGAGCAAAUGAGGAGACUGUGAAGGAGAUAUUCAAUGUUGUUGGUACGAUCCGUAGAUGCAAUCUCAUAUCCGAGCACCAAGGAACUGAUCCUUAUUGUUUCGUUGAGUUCGACAAUCAUGAGACAGCUCUAGAUGCCUUGACCAAGAUGAAUGGCAAGAAAUUGUUCUCUAAGUGUAUUCGCGUCAGCUGGGCUACUACUCAAGGGGCAGCUAAGAAGGACACUUCAGGGCACUAUCAUGUUUUUGUCGGCGACCUAUCACCUGAUGUGAACGCUGACAUGCUCCGCACCUCUUUCUCGGAAUUCGGUGAAGUUACUGACUCUCGGGUCGUUUGCGAUGCAUCGAACGGCAAGUCGAGGGGUUUCGGCUUUGUGUCCUUUCCAACGAAGCAGGAAGCCCAAGCUGCUAUCGACCGUAUGAAUGGUCAAGUCAUAGGUCAGCGUCCGGUCCGCACUAACUGGGCAACUAGGAGAAUAAAUCAGCGUGAUGUGGGUGGCAAAGUUUUGAAUUUCGAAGAGGUAUCGCAGCAGUCCUCGCCAUACAACCUCACCGUCUACAUCGGUAAUCUCGUUAGUGGUGUAACAGAGGAUAUGAUUAGAAAUUUGUUCAGUUCGUAUGGUCCCAUAAUGGAGAUCCGGUUCUUCCCAGAAAAGGGCUACUCGUUCGUCAAAUAUGCAUCACAUGAACAAGCUGCCAUGGCCAUCUGUGGCAUGAACGGCUCUCAAGUCAGUGGCACUUCGAUCAAGUGCUCCUGGGGAAAGGAGCCUUCAGAGGCAGCAAUUCUUCUCCAGCAACAGCAGUACUUCCACUACUACUACAAUCAGUACUUGAACCCAUCCAACCCAAUGGUGAAUAUGCAGUACGGCCUUUAUCAAGCAGGUGCUGCUGCUCUGCCGUCUGCAGCCGCUGGUGCUGCAGCUGCUGGUCCUCCGUAUGGCAUGCUGCCCAUGUCUCCUAGCUAUCCAGCACAGGGUGCUAAUGGAAUGACGUUCCCGGCAGCGCAGGCACCAGCCCAGCAGUACAGCAACGCCCCUGGCAACGGUAUUGUACCCACUGCGGCCGUCGCUGUUGCCCGCGGUAUGGCUCAUCACUAAUGACUUAGUGCCUCUCUCUCUUUCAGUCUUCUCCUAUGCCGCCAUGUCCUGUGCCAUUGUAGGAAUUGUCUACUGGUUGAGAAAUGUCCCCGACUUGAAUUUGUCAACGUCUCCCCAAGUAGCCAGCUAUCCAUUUUGGAAGUACUGUUGACUGCUGCAUCGAUGUGUUGCUACCUAUCUAUCAGCUUGUGUGAUGAUGCUAGAUUGCUGUUCGAAUAGCCCCAAUGUACAUAGGUUUGCCGUCCGUCACCGUGUGCCAUCAACGCCUGCUCCUGGAAUAAUAGCUUUGAUGAGCUAUAUGGAUACACGGUGCGGCUUGAAGGACAACUCCCCUCCGUUAUUGUAUCAUAGUCAUCAUUGUCAUCAUCAAUAUCAAACUUGACCUGCACGCCCGCCACGUUGUUAGCGUUUGACCUGUCACCGAUAGUGAGUCGGGACACAAUCCUACAACCGGUCAGCCUGAGCCAGUGAGCAACAGCCUUCACUUUCUCUCUCCGUUACCAGCUCUCACACUUGUCAUCACCCUUGUCUACUGCACAGUGUUGUUGUUGUCGUCAUCGUUCUUGUAUCUUCUUUCCUAGUAGUUUUCUUCACCAGUAAUAUCAGGUAGCCACGGGCUUCCUGCCGCAGUGAUUGUCGUUGAGUCACAUGUGUCGCUCCGGACUGCAGGUGGCAAUUACAAUUACAGCUGUCAACUUUCUACCUGCCUCUCUUGGCUACUCGUCUAUUUCCAAUUUGUACCCGCUGUGUCUUCCAGCACCGAGCUCUGCCACCGAUUUGUCAACACUGUGCAGAGCGAUAGCAGUAAUGCUGUAGUUCAUCCCAGCGCCAAUCAGCGUGCUGGUGUCCGUGCAGUUCUGCAAGUAUUUGUGGCGUCCUGCAACGGCUCUUCUCCUUUGUGUCUUCCCUCCUGCAAACUAGCUUGCAUAUAUGUUCUUCUUAGGAAACGACUAAACCUACUUAAAAUUUACUUUUUAAAUUCGAAUUGUCCUCAGCGGAGCCACGGUGGCAUACUAGGUGACCACCUGCUUGAAGCUGGGGCGCUGCGCAAGCCUGUCAUUUGCUGAAAAUAGUCAGCAUGACAAUAAUUUUAACCCCUUGCGCUUCUCUUCCGUUUGCCCAAGAUCUCGAGAGAACAAAACUGUUGCAAACGGAUUUCUAUUUAGCGCCGCUGCUGCCGCCUGGCUGGUGUUUUGCCUGCCGCGACGGCGCGCUUGGCUGUACCAAUUUGUUCUCCCUCUCGUUGAGCUGCUAUGCUAUCAUCGGGACUGCAGAUGCGCGUAUGCGUCCAUUGCUGCCGCUAUUGUUGAUCAUGUGCCUGUGCUUUACGGCAUGGAUGUAUAUGCGUGUGUGUGUGUGUGCUCUUUCAAGCACUCUGUACGUUUGUACAUAUUGCCCUCUAGGUUUUCCGUUAGUACCAACAUCAUGCUUGGCAUGCCGCUCUGUGUACAGUUGCUAGAGCAGCAUUACAGGGAAAGGCCAGUACCAUCGGUCUCGCUCACCACCAUCAUUCCGUUUGCUGUACAUUAGCUUUGGCGCUGUGGCCAGCAGCCGCUACUGCACUAACAAUACGCUGCCCCCAUUUGGUAUCCCCGUUCCAUUUUUGCUUGCGUUAUUUCACAUUUCUUGCACACUAAUUUGUAGUUUUGCCAGGAUUUCUAGCUCAGUCCUAUGACGAAUGCGGGCGGCGCGGCCAGCUGAUUUUGCCGCAUCGUCGUCGUAUUGCGUCGUUCUCCAUCUCUAGGUCACCUUGUUUUCCUUUACAUUUUCUUAUCUUGACUUUGUAGUGCUUUCUCUUCUUGCGCAUAUUGUACAUAAUCAUCAUCAUCAUCAUCUUCUAGUCUUGCCAUUUGUCCAGUUUUUCUCAUACUUUCUCUAGUGCUUCUAGUAGUUUUUUCCUUGCUGCACCCCUAGCCCCUGUUUCUACUGCACUCCUUUCUCCAGUUGCAGUGUGCAGUUGUGUUUCAAUGCUGGUUUGGUUUAGCUUUGCAGUGCAGCGUAGUGUAGUUUGUGUGUAGGUGUAUGCGUGUGCAGUGUUCAAUGUUACUCGAAACAAAUGUUAUUCAAUGUUUA